UCGACAUGACGUCACAGUCAUUUCGCUGAGGAUUCACAACUUCCGGCUUGUUUAUUUCUCGAGCUCAGUCUUCGACAAGAUGGCGGAGUACGAGACUGUACAGAAAGGCUCGUUGAAAAUCAAAGGAGUUGGAAGUAUUUCAGCUAGUAAAAAGAAGAAGAAGAAGGACAAGGAGAAGAAGCGUUUGGAAAACCAGGCGAUGGCCACGUCAGCAGACGAGGAAACGACCAAGAAGACUUAUGUUGAUAAAAGAACACCGGCUCAACUCGCCUUCGACAAAAUCCAGGAGAAAAGACAAAUUGAAAGGAUUCUGAACAAAGCCUCCAAGACACACAAGCGCAGAGUUGAGGAGUUCAACCGACAUCUGGACACACUGACAGAGCAUUAUGACAUUCCGAAAGUCAGCUGGACCAAGUAACAUGGACAUCCCGUGGAUCAUCAGCACAACGAUGACGUUCAGCUGUUAAGGACUUGACAUUCUCUCACCUGCCAUUCAAAUCACUCUGUUUAAAGUCUACAGAUGCUGAAUAAUCCAUGUAGCUCUGUCCUGUUCACUCAGAAGUCAUUUAAAGUUUGAUUUGUUUUUGCAUUCUAAUAUUUCCUUAUGUACCUAAAAUGGAGUUUUCAUUUUGAGAAGAUUUCUGUGUGCAAAAUCCAAUAUUUAUACGUAACCCACUGGUUUUUAGUUUUGCGUUACCUGGUGAUAUGUUGUGAUAUUUCUUUCAUUAAAAUUAUAUACAAUUUA